UUACUUGUAACCAAGUAAGUUUUUACGCUAAAAAUUAUUUUGAGUAAUUACUAAUAGUGUCCACUGCCUUUAAACGCCCAUUGCUCGAGUCCCUUCUCUAGGAUGAGAUAUAAUACAUUUUUAUACAAUUUUGAUGUAAUUUCUAGAGUGAAGUACUAAAGAAAUGAAGAAACUUAAAUUUUAUUUUAUAAAGACCGCAAUAUACGUUACUUGUGUAGAUCUUAAAACGAGUCGUUCAUUUUAUUCUGCAUUGACUCUUUUGUACUUCUUUAUUUACUUUCAAAGACCUGUUUGGUUUGUUUUCAUACUUGAAAAUGUCCCAAUAAAUAUAAAAAGAGGAAACAAAACAAGCAACAAAGCACACUGAUUAAACUAUAGAAAAGUUGAAAAGAAACUUGAUUCCAUGUUGCAAUAGCAGUAAUCAAUAUCACCCAUUAGGCCUAUACUUAAACAGGAUUUGGUUUGCUUAUUUUGAUUCAGGUAAAAAUACUUAUUGAUAAAUUAAUAUAUAAGCAGAUGAAUCGACCAAAAUUAAUAAAUAGAGGCCUAAACGAAAAUCGAUCACAAUUUUUUUGAAAUUUGUAUACAUUCCUCGAUUACUUAUAGAUUAUUACGCAGGAUUUGUGGAACUGACAAAGUAUAAAGUCACAGACAGUGUUCUUGCGUGUUAUCAACUGUAGGCCAGAUGAACUUCAUAUUAACUCAAUUAAAUGUUUCAUUGCAAUCAACAUUUAUUUCCAUAUUGGUCAAAAGGGCGAUUUAUUAUCAACUUCAAUUAUUUAAGUUAAGAGACAGUCAAGAACAGAUCAAGAAAAGAAGAAACGAACAUGAAAUGAAAAAAUAUAUGUAAUGGGUACGACGUAUAGCAAACCAAUAUUGGGGCUUUUACAGUUUAUUUCCUAAAGGCUUGUUUUGAAUAACGGUAGGCUUUCAGACUGGAAUUAAACAAUUGUGUUUUUUCAUCCUUGCCAAUCCUGCAUAAUUCCCAACCUUUGUAUAAGCAAACGAAACAGACAUGCCGUUCUGGUGAUGAAUAACAUCCAAACAAAAAGGUGUUGACACAAACGCCUUUGGGCUUCAAUGAAAACGACGGGUUCAUCUUUUCCCUUCUUUAUGAAAAAUUCCAUCGUCGGUUCUAAUGUUCGUUAGUACGUUUCCCAUGUGACACACCCAUCAAGCUGUCGGUCAUCGUAGUUUGGUCACGCAUCGCUGUUCUGCCCCGCCCACCUUGAGACCUUUUAAAGCCGUGGCACAAGGGCACACAGAUCGCAUCACUGUCACACGACUGUUCCCUCUUGACGUCAUUUCACACUCUGCUGCUUUUAAGGAAUCAACAUGGACGUCAACACAGACCAGAUUAAAAUGACUGCUACGAGUUCUACGCAGCUAACGAGCUCGAAGGGAUCCAAAUCAGGCUCCCCAAAUGUGCCUAUGUUCCAGCAAAUUCAAGAUGCAAAGACAGAGUCUGAGAACAACGCAAAAUACGCCGCCAAAGCUGCCAAAAUAGUGGGUAGCUCACGUGUGAUUUUAUACUUAAUGCCAUCUAUGUUGGCUCUACCACUAGCUAUGCUCAUCAAUGGCGCUGUUCGAUUGGAUGAAUGCCCCGUCGAGCCUUACAUCCCUAUCUACAUGGUUGUGGCUGGAAGUUUCUCCGUACUCAAACUCAUCAUUGAAUAUACCUUGCGAAUGAAGAGGUACUGUGAGAAGAGGGGACCAUUGGAUGAAGCCACCACAGUUGAAAAGGUGGUUGAUGCCAUCAACUCUUUGAUUGGGUUGUUCACCUUCGCUUUCUUUAUUGCUGGCAAUGUAUGGGUGUUUCGUGUGUAUACUCCGAAUUUUGACGACCCAACAGCCGCGAAUUACUGCCAACACACUAUAUAUUGGUUUGCAUUCGCCUCGAUCGUAGCAGUGUAUGGUCUCGCAGCACUCGGUAUCUUCCUGUGUUGCUGCUGUUGCUGCUGUGCGGCUGCUUACGCUGCAGGGAAGGCGGCUGGAAACUCUCAAGAUAAGAGUUAAACGACUUGAGCCAAGACUACCACUUCCGAGUGACACUAUACAACCAUUGAGAACUGUGAAAAAACAUCUCUAUUUUCGCUCAUUCAAAUCAGUUUGCCCCCAGGCGUUGAGCAUCAACGCCUGCACUCAUAGGCUGCGAUUAGUGAUAUUGGUAUUAAAUCCGAUUAAAAUACAGUAAACUGUGCGCAAUUAUUAAUUUAAACCGUGUCAAUUCCCGGGUACCACUACUUGGAAUUCGGUUAACCAGUCUAUCAAAGCUUCAUCCUCAGUGUGGUUAGGUUCAAAACAUUUUAUAAAAAGAUCAUUAUUUCCUAUUAUGAUAGCAUUAGUUUCUAUACUUUUCUUUUAAGUUUUUGCGUACUUUGUCAUUGUCCGUCUGGCCGUCUGUUAUUGUCCUAAGAAUUUACCUUUGUUUAUGUAUUUUGAGCAAUGUAUUAUGUAUUAUGUAAAGGCAAGUCGCUACAGCUAGCUGACUUAUAUUUGGGGCCUUGCCUCCACGCGCUCUCCCGAUAUUUUUAUUCUUAAUAAAAUGUGAGUUGGGUUGAGGGUAUAUAGCUUCGUACUCCAAUAAUUCCUUUUAUCACCAUAAAGGAUAAAAGGCCUUAUACUCAGCGCAACCUUCAUUGUACUUGGCAUGUUCCCAGCUUUAUACACAGGGCAUAAUAAUAUAUACUAGCGGGAUGCCGCGCUUCGCGCGGCACCCCGCUAGAUGAGGAGGAUUCUAGUAUACAAAAUAAUGUUGUAAAAGGUAAUGUGGGGGCAAGGGAGGUAUUCUUACAGGUAAGAAUAAUUCAGUUACACUUGGCAAAAUGUACAUCCUGAGUCCCGCCCAAACUGCUUUCAUUAUAGUUACGAAC